CCACGCUCCAAACAGACACCGAGCGGAUCGUCCGUGGUUGCCACGGAAGCGCACUUUUGCACCGGGUAGGCGCUUCACGAAAUGCCGCCGCCGCUUCUGUGCGUAUCCGCUGCGGAGGAGGCUGCAAAUCAAAUCAGGAGUCGCUCUCUGGGGGUUUGAGCAGUGAUGGACAGCUGUUGGACAUCGAUUGAGGGGUGAACUGAACAUGCGGUAAGGCAGGCUCACACCAUGGACCGAGAAGCUGUGUUUUGUGGCUGCCUGAAGCGGAGGAGGAGGUGGUGGAGGAGGAGCGGCUGACUUCUCCUCUCUUGCUCCGAUCAGCACAAGUGUGACAAGGAUUCGUGAUGAUGCUUUUUGGCCAAAAACGUGAGACUCCCGCUGCCGUCCAGCCUGAAAUGUGUGGCCGAGACAGGUGCAUGAAGACUUGAGCGCUGCCAACAUGGAAUUCCAUUUUUUUAUUUAUUUAUUUUUUGUAUUUCGAUCCACCUCCGUCUUUUCUGUCCUCAAGAAAUACAGGAAACAUGUCCGCAGAUGUAUAACGGGUUCGUAAUUGAUGGUGCUGCGCUAUGAUCUCUGGGGACUAUCUGAGUUGUGUAAUGGUUUUUAUUCCAUCUACAACAAUCUCUCCACGGAUGAUAGUUAAUUGGGCCCAAUGAUGUAGAGCCAAAUCCACCUGGAUCUCAUGUUCCCUCCUCUCGUGGCGAAUCUUGCUCCCCUGUGACUUUGCGCAUGUUCAAUUGUUUUUAUCCCCAGAGCUUCUCUCCUGGUUGCUGCUUUGGAUGAUUCCAUUCUGAAUGUUUUUAGAAUUUGCCUCAAAGUGGGGGAUUUAACUGUACUGGCUUCACAUGCACAAAACAUGAGGAAUUGUGUUUCUAAAAGACACUUAAUGCGCCUUAUCCGUGGGAUUAAAUAGUUCCCUGAUAUUGUUUCUCAGUGGAACAAAACUUUUCCUAUAGAGUUUAUUUCCUCAGGCGCAGUCCUGUGCUUCUGCUCUCCACAUGUCCAGAUCAAACAGUGUCAGCCCACCCGGAGUCGGUGCGCCCGGGCUGAGGGGAGGGACCGAACACAGAUCAGCUUGGGGAGAGUCUGAGUCUGUGGCCAACGGGUGCCCAUACUCGGCCAGAUCCCCGCGCAAGAAGCUCACCCGGACCAACAGCCGGUGGAGGGAGGAGGAUGAUCUGGAGCACCGGCCGAGCGGGCGAGCCUCCACCGCGGUCAGCAGGGUCAGCUUCAGGUCCAGGUCGGCUUGGCAGGACCAUGGCGAGGAGAGCCGAGACAACAACCGCGCGUCCAGCAAGCGUCCCGACGGCGAGGUGAGACCCAAGUCCGUGGAGCUGGGUCUGGAAGAGCGCAGAGCCAAGCCGAGGACCGACGAGGAGGAGGUCAUGCCCGAAGUUAACUUUUCUCUGGUGGCGUGCUGCACCAGCGUCAUGCACAUUUUUAAAUCCAAGAAAUUCCAGUCGGAGAAGUUGGAGCGGCUCUACCAGCGCUACUUUUUCCGUCUCAACCAGAGCAGCUUGACUAUGCUCAUGGCAGUGCUCGUGCUGGUCUUCACGGUCAUGCUGGGCUUUCACUGCUCCGGUGGGACCGCGGGGCCGAGCGUCACGUACGUAGUGGUGUUUUCCGUGGCCAUCUUCCUCACGCUUGUACUCAUGGUAGUGUGCAACAGGAACGGCUUCCACCAGGACCACAUGUGGGUCGUGUGCUACGUGGUCAUCCUGGUGGUACUGGUGAUCCAGGUGAUAGGAGUGCUGCUCGUUCAGCCCAGAAGUGCCUCGGAGGGGAUCUGGUGGACCGUGUUCUUCAUCCAUGUCAUCUACACUCUGCUGCCCGUCAGGAUGCGCGCCGCGGUCAUCACUGGAGUUAUACUUUCUGCCAUCCAUGUGGCCAUUUCUUGGAUGUUAAACGGAGUGGACAGCUUUCUGUGGAAACAGAUAGUGUCCAACGUGCUGAUCUUCUCCUGCACCAACAUUGUGGGCGUUUGCACCCAUUACCCUGCUGAGGGCUCCCAGAGGCAGGCCUUCCAGGAGACCAGAGAGUGCAUCCAGGCUCGCCUGCACUCGCAGAGGGAAAACCAGCAGCAGGAGCGUCUCCUGCUCUCAGUACUUCCCCGCCACGUUGCCAUGGAGAUGAAGGCCGACAUAAACGCCAAGCAGGAAGACAUGAUGUUUCACAAGAUCUACAUCCAGAAGCACGACAACGUCAGCAUCCUUUUUGCAGACAUCGAGGGUUUCACCAGUCUGGCGUCCCAGUGCACAGCGCAGGAGUUGGUGAUGACUCUCAAUGAACUUUUCGCCCGCUUUGACAAGCUGGCAGCGGAGAAUCACUGUCUGCGGAUCAAGAUCCUGGGCGACUGCUACUACUGCGUGUCGGGGCUGCCGGAGGCGAGGGCCGACCACGCCCACUGCUGUGUGGAGAUGGGGCUGGACAUGAUAGAGGCCAUCUCGCUGGUACGGGAAGUGACGGGGGUGAACGUGAACAUGCGAGUGGGCAUCCACAGCGGCAGAGUUCACUGUGGGGUGCUGGGACUCAGGAAGUGGCAGUUUGACGUCUGGUCCAACGAUGUCACUCUAGCAAAUCAGAUGGAAGCUGGAGGCAAAGCUGGGCGUAUCCACAUCACUAAAGCUACUCUGAAUUAUCUGAACGGCGACUACGAUGUGGAACCAGGAGCAGGAGGAGAGAGAAACGCCUACCUGAAGAAGAACAGCAUAGAAACCUACCUCAUUGUUGGCUGCAGUCAGAAAAGGGUAACAGAGGAAAAGAUGCACUACUAG